GAAAUAAUAAGUAAAUUAAGUUUAGAAGAAUUUGAUAUACAUAUGUAUGUAUGUUUAUUACUUCAAUAUAUUGUAUUUGUCAAAACUACUUAAAAACGUCUUUAAUACUUACAAUAUGGCAACACCAGCGCAACCUCUGCUCCACCAACGCAAACGCAUUUCGCUCCACGCUCAGCUGCAAUUAUUGGUGUAAAUACUGGUGCUGCUUGCUGCUGCCGUUUCCUACGCAUUACGCGGCGCACAGUAGGCGAUAAUUGCAGCAAUGCUAAUUGAAACAAUGUCUCGCUGCUUUUUUGUCUCGAGUUUUGGUUUUUAUUGUUGUUUUUGCUUCUCUUCUGCUGCAAUUGCAUUGUUUUGCUCGCAACUCGCAACUCCCAGCUUUUUAUAUUUUUAGCGCGGUAUUGACUUCAGAUAAUCAGCGCUCUCACAAAUACAUGCGCACAAACCUACUCAUAGGUACACCGUGUUAAAGUGAGCGAUCGCCACUCCAACUCUGCUGACGAUAGUUUACCAUACAUACAUACAUAUGUAUGUGUUUUGUUGGGGAGCCGCAGCACCACUACCAAGACAGCCGGCGCGCCGCCAGCAAAUAGUGAGCAACUUUGCCACAUUCAACGGGCGGCAGCGCAACACCGUCAUUUAGUUUGUUUGUUAACUUUGUUAUGCGCGGUCGAUUCGUAAGCUCAAACCGAUCGUGUUGAACUACUAUAGCUCCACUGCAAUCCGAUUUAAUUUGUUUUGAAGUAAAUUCCUAAACUUCAGCAUAACUUUAACACUGUUCGACAAUUAAGGGGCAUGCGUGUGAAAUCUGAGCCCUUUGUCGCGUUGCGCUGUUCCGUUAACUAAUUUUUUUUAUAUAUAGUAUUCCCCCCUUUGUGUUACAUUGUGUAUACAUUCGUAUGUGUAAUUGUGGUGCAUUUAAUUUUUUUAUUUUUGUUUUUGUAACAUCGAUGUCAUCAGCGUGCAAUCAUCACCAAUGGCCGGUGUUUAAUAUUUCCUCGUGUGCCUCUUCGAUUUGAUGGCCCUUUAAUUGUCGGUAUUGAUUAACUAUUUACAUUUGUCGGCCUUUGUGUUUGUGUUGUAAUCGGUACUUUCAAAGUGUUUGUUGUUACUUUCGUACAUAUAUACUCAGAACAGUACAAUUAAAGCAGUUGAAGGCACAGCGAUCAAAGAACAAUGUUUAUUGAGAUUUUUCCUUUCAAAUAUUUUAAUACUUGUAAAUGCAAAGAAUAUAAAAUAAAAACAUAACAUUUGCAAAGUAAAACGUAAAAGAAACAGAAAGUAUUUGUUGAAAGUGAAAAUCAAGCACAAGAAAGGUGAAUCAAAUCAUUGUGUAGUAAAACUAAAAAAGAAAGUUAACAACAAAAAACUGAAUAUAAAACGGCGAUUAAAUAAAAUCGAACAAUGCUAGUAUGAAAAUUAUUAGUAAGCGCUAUUUAACGCACCUCUUAACUCAGUGACAACUCGAUUGAGUCCACAAUAUAGACAAAAAUGUUUCUGAUACCGAAAAAAUUCGAACAAACGCUCCGCGCAUCACCCAUACAGCCAGCGACGCCGGCACAGCCCGGCUCUGGCUUGAAUCCGGAAUUUCAUCGAGGCUGUACCGGCAAGGCGCACGCCUGUGGCACGCUUAAAUCACGUUUAGCUGCCAACAACAACACCAGCACCCACAAAAAUGGCGUACAUACACAACAUCAGGCGAAUGCAACGCUUUCUGCAAAGUCUAAUCCGCGUAAGAACAGCAUCAGUUCGGAAACGAUUAGUGAUAGCGGUUCUGAGAAUUCAGCAUCUUGGCAUUCAAACGAUUCAAUGGUAUCGCCGAAUGGACGCACAACGAUGGAUGGCGCGUCGACGCCAAUCACACAAAAAGUUGGCGGCGCCAAACCAGCGCUCGCCAAAAAACCAAUGCUCAGCGCACACUCCAAGGAAUAUGCGGUCGCUAUGGCCAAAGCGCUCAAAGCUGUCGAUACACCGCGCUCCCCAAUGCUAAGCGUUAAGCGUGCACAAAGCCAACAGCGCAACGCAACAGCGCGCACUGCAUCCCCAGCGCCCGCUACGACGAACAGCGUAAGCCGACGUAUGCGUUUGCAUAGCGAUGGCGAUCACUCGGCUGAGAACAGUCUAGCUAGCAGCGCAAAUACUUCAAUGACGGCUAUCAACAGCGCGCAGCAGAGCACUUUUGAACGCACGCAGAAAUAUCGCAGCUUUCGUGUAGCGGGACGUAAGAACACUGCAACUGCUAAUGCAAACAUGAAUGCGCGUCCGCCGUGGAAUAGCGGAGCUGGCAUGCGCAACAAUAACAACAUGUCGAUCUACGCAAGUCACAGCGGUAAUAACAGCAGCGCCAGUGGCAGCGGUUGCACUGCAGCGUCAUCAUUAAGCAAUCGCAGCUUUCGCAGCUCACUGCGGCGAAACACACGCGAAGCGCUCAACUGGCAGGCGAUUUGGGAACGUUCGUUGGCGCUGCGCGGUUACGGCGCCAAUAGUGGAGUCUUCAAGAACUACGAUGAGGCUAUAAAACAGCAGGUUUGACUUAUUACUUACGCAUAUCCGGUCAACUAUUUACAUAGAUAAUUAUGAACCGUUGCAACUAAACUAACCUAAUAGUUGUAAAUACCAUAUUAGCACAUCUAAUAUUACCGUUACAUGUCAGUUGACCUCUUUUUAUAAAAAAAUAUAAACAUGUGUUCCUAACAGCGCGCUUUGUUGCGCUUGUCAAUGCAAUUUUCGUGUUGCUCGCGGCAAGCAAUCGGAUACGCCCGCUGAGUGCAACUAACUGUCCAACCGUUAAGUUGAGUUAAACGUCAGAAAUUAUGCGCACUAUUCGUCUUUUAUAGUUGCUUUAAUUUAUUUAAUUGCCUUUUUUGCCUUGUAACGUUAGACGGGCCGCGCUAACUCGUCAAUUCGAAUGCAACACUGCAAAGUUAGACAAUAGUGCAUGUGUACGCAUGCUUGCAAACCCUUGUGGCGAUCAAUUGUGAGGCGCUCACAUACCAACAAUUCCAUGUAAUAACUCUUUGCUCUUCAAUCAUUCUUUCGUAGUUGUUCCCCUGUCAUUCGCUUAACUAUUCAUAUAGUUUUAUUGCUGUAAACAUACGCGUUCAUAUGAUUGUCGUUCUUUAUGCGUUGUUGUACGUGAUCGUAUGUUGCAUUGCGUAGGUGGCCCCGUCGCUACAGUGCGUGGAGCAGGAAACUGAAGACGCAUGCCUUGUGCUGGGCUCUAUUGGUCACAUGUGCCAUCAAGCCUAUCAAUAUUUACUUAGUAAACGAACUGUAUAUUCAGUGAAUGUUAUGUGCUCGUUGCAUUGAGGACUAUAUAAUUUUUUAUUGUUGUUAUUGGUGUGUAGUAACAAUGCUAGAUUUGCUUUUAAUAGGCUCAUAAAAGAGUUAUUAAAUAGUUGCAUGCAACAUACCUAUAUGAGCAUAUAGAAGGCAGUAUACUUGUAUGUGUAUAGCUAAGAGAAGCCGAAGAAAAAUCAUCAAAAUCGAAGAAAAAAUCUUUCGCCGCGGUCCACAAUCAUUCUCUAAAUCUAAAUGCAGCCACACACUCAAAUUAUUUUGGCAGUAUAUUGCAUUAUACUUCAUCAAUUUGUAUUGUCGAAAGUCCUUUUUUAAAGCUAGAGUCUGUUCAUAUUUCUUGUUUCUAACAUAUCAGGGUUUUCAUUGCUUAUAUAACCACAUUUCAUUCCUCGAUUCUAAGUCGUCAAAAAAUUAUAUUUUAAAAAGCUCAAGAGUUCAUACAAACAUUAUAGUGAGGACCCUAUCACGAAAUUAAGGGGCUAUACCGAUGUGACGCCUGAAAAAUUAGGCGACUUACGUGAAUUUUUUUAAGAGAAAAUACGCUAUUGAAUAUUUCGAGCUUCUUUGAACGUAAUAAGGUAUAUUUUUAGUUAUAUUUUAAGAUUUUUGUUUUACAAAAAUGUUGAAAAAUAACGGAGUUAUAAGCUGUCUUCGGAGGUGCCAAAAAAAAAGUGCCCCAACUGCUGGCAUGAUUCCGGCCGAAUGAGUAGCUGAAACAAAAAAAUUUGAAAAGUUUAUUAAACUUAAAGAUAUUUCCUAUACAAUGAACUACGAUCUUUGAAAAAUAUCAAAAAUUAACAAAAUGGCGUAAUUUUGAAAAAAAAAAUCGUUUUUUUUAGGAAAAAAAUGGUCGUUUUUUUAAUGCAAAAUUGACAAUUUUCAAUCAAUCAAAAAGAUCGUAGUCCAUUGUAAAUACAGUAAAUGUAUUCAAAAAUACUCAGUUUGAAUUUGAAGUCGAUCGGUCAAUUUCUGGUUGAGUUAUGAUGUCAGCAAUUUUGAAAAAUGUCGUUUCGAGAAAAACGCGUUUAAAGUU